CAUCCACUUGCCUCUCAUCCCUCUCCCAAUCUCCUCAAGCUGGCCCGUGGGAUUUCCCCUGGGAAUCUUAGAAACUAAGCUUUCAAAAAUAAGUCAAAUCAAAAAUACAAAAAAAUCGCAUCGCCCCUUUAAGACAUCAUUGCAAUUUUAAUUGCCUGCGCGCCGACACACACACACACACAAGCAAAAGGUUUAAAGUUACACAUAUCUGGGGCGUGUCUUCAGGAGUUAAAAAAAAAGUACAAACAUCCAAGUUUAGCAUCUAGCUGUGACUGAGUGUGGCAGAGGGAGGAAGAGAGGGGAAAAGACAGAGAAAGGGAGAAAAAUCGCAGAUAUGCAUUGCGAUUUGUUCUUACAACGUGCGCUGUGGCUUUACACGUUGCUGCAAGAAGUUGACAAGGUUUUAUCAGCCAGGCACGCCGUAUACUGGAACAGCACAAAUCGAAGGUUUGAGGUCGACAAUUACACGGUGAAGGUGUCGAUCAACGAUUACCUGGAUAUCUUUUGCCCUCACUACCCAGCCGAGACGCCGCCGGAGCAGACGGAGUCGUUCCACCUUUACAUGGUGGAUACCGAGGGCUACGGUGACUGCAACGCCAAGGGCAAGGCCUUCAAGCGGUGGGAGUGUAACCGGCCUUUCGCCCCCUACGCCCCUGUCCGCUUCUCGGAGAAGAUCCAGCUCUUCACGCCCUUCACGCUGGGCUUUGAGUUCCAGCCUGGUGUGGACUAUUACUAUAUCUCCUUGCCACCUCCAAAGGACAAGAAAUGCCUUCGGCUCAGGGUAUCGGUCUGCUGUGCCACAACCUUGAAGCCGGUCACUCAGACGUCGCAGGAGCCUGCCAAGGACAGGGUACAACAAGAUGCUUCCAAAUCUAAGGACACAGGGGGUACAUCGCAGCUGUACCCAGGAAUGUUCCUCUGCCUGCUGAGUUUGCUUAGCACUUCCUGCCUCUCUUGGCUUUAGAGACGGCUGACCAAUAGUUCAAUCAUCGACUGAACUGGCCAGGAAAUUUUGCCCUCCCUGGCCACAAGUAUUCGACUUUCCCCAUCGACCCAAAGUUUUUAGUUUUGAUCACAAAUCUUCUCAGCUUGGGCUCCUGUCGCUCCAGGUGACAGCAAAAUGACUGAGCCAAAGAGGGAAGAAGUUUCUCCCAAGUCGCAAGUUUUUCUGUCACCCGCUUAGUAGACUUUCAACGGUGGACACCUUGAAGCUGAGGAGCUCAUGACACUUAUCAUUAAUUCUCGCAACUAAUUUUAACUUGUGUAAGUUCGAUGUGCCAUGUUUCCUGAAUUCACAAGCAAGGAAUGGUGUUCUUCAGGAGAGGCUUUUCACCUUGAGGAUGGCACAGGUUCUUAGCCGCACUUCCCUGUGACCCCGACAGUUCUCAGAAAGUCUGGCUGCUGCUGAAGGUUUCGUUUCAAGGAAAGGAUAGACUCGCCCGGGACCACCUGAAAGUAGGACAUGUUCCCCUCAUCCUUGCUGACUCUGGAUUCCGCUCAAUGCCAACCAUCGUUGAUUUGAAGCAUUGUGAGCCAGGCCAUGAGAAGGCAGCAUGGCUGGAGGUCAUUCACGUCAAUGGACCUUAGGCUUGCCUGACUUCGAAAACUUGAAACCUCAGCCACGAGUCAGGCACUUUCACCGAGGCAGCGAGAUUCCCCCAAGCCCUCAGCUCCUAAAGACAAUGAUGGCAAAAUGCCGGGGGGAGGAAGGAGGCCUUGUCAAGUAGGCCCCAUUUCCAUGACAUCGCUAGAUGGACCAAUCUGAGGCGGUGCAGUAAUCGAUCACCCCAGCAACCAAACCACGAACAUUUCUGGCGUUAGACAAUGCCACGAACAGGACCAAUCAGAAAAGAGACGAGUCUCAAAAUUUGCUAGUUGGACUAGCAGCAAUGGUUGGUCUUACUCAGGGACAAUGUGCUUAAGUGUGUCUUACACUUUCUUGCUCCAAAGUGGGAAUGCAGCCCAGUCCAGGCCCAGUUCCCCCCACCUUCCCACUGGCUCCCUCGAGUGAGGGGGCAGCAGAAAUAGAGGGGGAGCAUGGGAGGUCAACAUAGGUACCUCUUGGAUUUCUACUUUCUGUGAAAACUUGGCCUUCUGUCUUCCGAGAAGAUAUUGCACCCCUGCCGCGGAGAUGGUCUUCACCACAGUGACUUUUGUACACAGUUCUAUUUCUUUUUAAAGGAUUUCAAUAAAGGAAAUUAAAGAGA